AUGACGUUCAAUACGUCUUUAAACGACACGGGGACGACAAACUCAACGGACACUAGCUGGACAGCAACUGGCUUCACGGACUUUGUUUCUAAGCUGGCCCUCAACGCUGGCACUGGUAACUUCCCGGGUUCCAUCUACCCUGCAUAUCAUCUGCUUCAGCAGAUGCCCCUAAUGGGAGCAUUGGGUAACCUUCCCUUGUACGGGAUGAUAGUUCGCCUUGUUCUUGACCAGUUUGGUCUUGGCGUUGCAGUGGUCAUGGUUUCCCUGAUUGCACUAUUCAUGCUCGUAAACAAGCUUCGCAACAUGGGAAUCGAGGAUCUUCCCGAUUUCCUCAUCUCGAGCAUUAAUAUGAGACCGUAUUCUUCACUGCGGGAGGAUGUUCAUGACUGUCUGCAAAAGAAAUAUCUCUCGAAAAAUGGGAAACAUAUUGACGCGAAUGUUUCUACGUCAUUCUAUGAUAGGCAUGCCGAAAAGGUCACAUUCUUUGGAAACGACAAGGUUGAAUACGGAAUGGUUGAAGGCGUCAAAUACUUCUUCUGGUACGGAUGCGUCCUUUGCAGUGCCAGUUUGGAAUUCAAAACAGAGUGCUUCAGAGGCGGAGCCGGAAACGGAGAACCUCGCUAUAUGAGAGGCAUGGAAGAUCUGGUCCUCAGAUGCUUUUGGUACAACGUAGAGCCAUUGAAGAAGCUCGUACAAGAAUCCAGAAUGGAUAUGAUGAACCGGACGGCAGAGAAUACAACUAUCCACAACUGGAUCAGACACUCAGGCGAAGUGGAUUGGAAUAGGUCUGCUGGUAAGCCAAGACGGCCAAUGUCUACCAUUGACCUUGAUGGAGACAUCAGAGAUACGUUGAUCCGGGAUGCCGAGGCAUACUUCAAGCCUUCUGCUAGGCGUUGGUAUGCCAGGCGAGGCAUUCCCUACAGGAGAGGUUGGUUGUUCCACGGCCCUGGCGGUACCGAGAUACAAGGAUUCCUUCUGAUCCACAGAGACGAUCCUCUCAAGGCGAUUGAGCUGGCUGAACAGUGGGCCCAGGAUGUUCUGACUGCUAAGGAGCUCAAGACGGGAGUCGUCAGAGAAGGCGUCCAGGCAAAGGAGGACGUCCAAACUUCCGCUGACAGCCUGAGAUGA